AUGACGCCACCGUUGCGCAGGUCGACUCCCGCACCCGAUGGUCGCCGUUCCGCGACACCAUCAGCCACGCUACACUGCUGCUGCAGUCGCGCCCACUGCCCGGCGCUGCGAAGAAAUACAAACAUUAUCGAAGCUGUCGAAAAAGAUGCGCACACGGCUGCUCAGCUCGGUCAGGCUCUCCUCGCCCGUCACGAGGCUUACAAGGUCGACGCCGAGCGAGAUCGUCUUGAACUUACUACCCGCAUCGCCCGCCUUGAAAUGGAGAACAAUGCGCUCGUAGCAGCAAAUGCUGCCAAAAUAGAAGAAAAUAGUCUCCUUCUGGACCAACUCGAAGCCCUCAAUACCACGGUCUCCGACGCCGACACUAAAAUCACACUGCUCGAGACCAGCCUGCUCUCGUCGAAUCAAACAGUACGCCGUCUCGAGAGCACCGCCGCGCGUGCUGCUGAUGCUGAGCGCCACCUCGCCCUGCUCGAGCAGGAGCAGGACCGCCUGCACGAGGAGCUUCGUUCUGCUAGGGAAGAUGCCCGCUCCUAUGCCUUGCGCUUUAAAGGGGCCCAGCGCGGCGUGACGGAUAUGCAGGACCAGCUCGACCGUCUGGAAGUGGAGGCCUCUCAGGAACGCGAACGGCAUGCCGAAACUGUCCAGCGCCUGGAACGACAGCGCGAGGUCGAGAAGCAGCUUGAUGCUGCCGCAGGUCGCCUCAAGGGCGCCGCCGCCACUCGCUCUCUACAAAGCGAUGGUAAAAAUAACAAGAUUGUCGGCCACUUCGUUCGAGAUCUCCUCCAGGACAAUGCCAACCUUCAACUUGGAAUUGCCGAGCUUAGAGAGCUUCUCGAGAAUUCCAAUGACGAAAUACAGUCGCUACGAGGGCAGCUCACGUACCAACAACCUACCGAGGACGAGGAUUUUGCUAGCCCUGCCUCAACUCUCAAGGCUGAACUCAAGGGCAAACUGGACGACCACCCAAAUCACAUCGGUGCUGCUCUAUCGCAAGAACUGCAUAUCCACCAUCAUUACCAUGCUGCGACACCGAAGUCCUCAAAAAAGCUAAAGAGGACCAAAGCAGGCCUACUCCCCAUGGGCAUCUGUACGCCUCCUACAUCGCUCUCAGCACCAGCAACGCCGCCUCAAUCGUCCUCCGAAUGGGGCGGACGCCUGCCUUCCUCACCAACAGCACCAGCUCUGCUUUCUCAUGCCAGACAGGAGGACUUGACUCCAGUCAGCUCGAGACCCCCGCCAGCAUGGAACGCGCUGCCCCAUCGGCAAGCCGAGAUGGACUACUCCUCCUCUGUCCCCAGUUCGCCGCUAGUUGGCCACAGGCUAGCGUUUGGUUCCGAUCCUCCCACGGCUAUGGCAUCGCCUGUCACGAGCGUAGAUCCCUUUUCUCCUUCUUGGUCAGCCUCGCACGCAAAGCAGCCGUCAGUCGCGUCGUCACAUAGUUUUCAGUCGCUCGCCUGCCUAGAACCGGAGCCUGAGCUACCUCCCAUGCCACGUAUCUCGAUACCCGAAGAGGAUGAGGCGGGACCCGGCCAUAGCUACAAUGAGCAGCCAUCAGACGGCUUUUACACGGAUAAUUUCGACACGAACACGAGCAUCAUCACAGUUCCUCGACGCAAUUUGCGCAGGUCCGCCUCUCAUGAGUCAAUAAUGUCACUUUCCGGCGGCCUCGAUAUCCACACACUACAAGCCCGACCGAGUCAGAUGACUCUGCGCCCUCUGGGCGGCGCAGACGCCGUCGUCACGGGUGUUACUGCCCAGCCCACAUUGUCGCGCUCCUCCAACAAGCGGAGCGAUGCCGCCCUUCGCGAUAACGUUGCUGGACUCAAGUCCCCACGAACUGUUUCCUCACCAGCAACUAGCAGUCAGAGCAAACUGCGAGGCUGGACAGCCUGGCGCCCCUGGGGCAGCAGCGGCGCUGCGGAAGCGGAGGCGUUGGCGGCUGACCCUGCAGCCUGCGAAAGUGCAGCAGAAGCGCCAGUGACGACGCAGACGAAGGCCAAGGAAAAGGAACGCGACAUGGCCCGGUCACCUGGCAUUAAUCAGCCAGGGGCCAUUCCAGGAUUCCAGGAUUAUUGGGCCUCGCAAAAACGAAAAGGUGCACCAGCACGAGUAACUGCCCAGGCCAUCGACCGCGACGCAUUGAUGGAUAGCCUUGAGGGCCUGAGCUAG